GAAGAAGAAAUGGUGCAAUGGAGCAAAGUAAUGAGCAAGCAGAGACAUCAAGCAAUGUCAAUGUCAAUGAGAUAACUACCAACAAUGUUUUGCCUAAGAUAAAAACCACAUCCAUCGUAGAUGACUACACCAUCAACUGGAAUCAGAAGUUGGGGACGGGGGUUAACGGACCGGUGUGGCCAUGCAAGAAGAAUGGAACCAAUGAAAGGUACGCCUUGAAGAUUCUGCCGGAUAAAGCUGCCUCCAGAACAGAGAUCCAUCUUCACUGCCGUUGUAGCAGGCAUCCAGCUAUUGUGACACUUUAUGAUGUCUAUGCAAAUGAAGUGCAAUUCCCAGGUGAGACUCAGCCCUGCCCAAGGCUCUUGAUGGUGAUGGAGCUUAUGGAUGGUGGGGAGCUGUUCGAUCGCAUCAGUCAACAGAAAGGAUUCACUGAGUCACGAGCCAUCAGAUAUGCCAUACAGAUUGCCAGUGCCAUCCAUAGGUGCCAUUCGUUGAACAUUGCCCAUCGAGAUUUAAAGCCAGAAAAUUUACUUCUCAAAGACAACUCUGAGAAUUCCCCAGUGAAGCUGUCUGACUUUGGCUUUGCUAAGGUUGACGACGGAUCGUUAACAACACCCCAUUUUACACCGUACUACGUUGCACCACAGGUUUUGGAAGCUCAGAGGAGACAGAAAAGGCAGCAGAAGGGAAUCAUUCCAACAUCCCCAGGUCCUUAUACAUAUGACAAGAGUUGUGACAUUUGGUCUCUGGGUGUAAUCAUCUACAUUAUGCUCUGUGGCUACCCACCAUUCUACCCCGAGACCCCCAACAGGAAGAUAUCUCGUGAGAUGUGUCAUCGCAUCAUGGCUGGCCAGUAUGAAUUCCCAUCUGAAGAAUGGUCACAGAUAUCUGACCAAGCUAAGGACGUUGUCUCCAGGUUAUUGCAAGUGGACCCAAUGGAGCGGAUGACAGUCAGUGAACUCAUGGAUCACCCAUGGCUACAAGAAAAUAGAUCAUCAAAUAUUGAACUUAGUUCACCUGCUAUCAUGCUGGACAAGAAUUUAAUGGAGGAAGCAUUGAGGGUCCAUUCUGAGCAACUGACGUCAAUGCGUCUGCCUCUGAGAAAGGUCAUAUUGAAGCCUGUGGCUAAGGCAAACAACCCCAUCAUCAGAAAACGGCUCAGAUGUAAGUCUUUGGAUAACAGGGUGACAGAAGGACAGCCUGAAGCUAAGCUGAGGAAGGAGACUGAUGCUGUAACUAAACUCAGGGACGUCGUUGCGCAUUGUAUUCUUCCUCCCCAAGGGGUUGUUUCGGAGUCGAGUGUUUGUGAGUUAAUUCAAAGAGCACUUGAGUACAACAGUGAGUGUAACACACUGAGGCACACACUGCAGGCAUUCCAAUGGAACGGGAAGUCAUUUUCGUCCCCUGUGGAUUAUUCCAAGUUGGCUCUGGCAUUCAGCAGGAUGGUAGAAGAAAGGAAUAGAAGUCAUCCCUUAAAGUAACUACAUAACAAUGGCUAUGGAGCUGAGUUGGCGACAGAAGAACUCGUCCCUCCCUUACAGUGCAUCAUGAUGUGACUUCCAACAGACUCAUGGUUGUAUACAUGUAUGUAUGUAUGUAUAAAUCUUGUUCAUAAUUAUUUAUGCAAAAUUUUAAGAAAUUUUCCUGCAGUCUUUUCACUCAAUCUCAUACAAAAGAGAAUCUUGUUUAAAAUUCAAACCCUCAAGUACAAAUAGAAAUGUAAUUAAUAUUUGAUAAAUAUGUGUCACGGUUAAUCUUAUUCAUUGUUUAACAUAAAUUUGUGAUUUUCAUACUACAUGUAGAUGUGCAAGUAAUGGAAACACAGGAGACUUUAAACAUUUCUUUGUAACUCAGAAGAAUUGAUGUUUAAUUUGCAUUGGGCAUAAAGAACAUUAUUUGGUUUUACCAUCACACCGAUUUUUAUAAGCACUACUCAGUGUUUUCCAGAGUUGUGUGGAAAAAAAUUAUUCAGUGC